UCAGUGUUCAGAUUCAGAAAGGUUAUCCCUUCUGAUUAAGGCGUUCUCUGGCAGGUGUUUGUCCUACAAUAUCACAAGGUCUCCUUGCUGCACCUUGUUUAUACUGGGACUUGAAAUACAUAUGAAGGUAUUUGCCGCAGUUCCUUGAUGCUUUUGCAGCACCUUGAGCAGAAGACACUCCAAUGAACUUGAACACUAAUCUGAAAUGGACAAAGGCAUUAGAACAGCAGCUUGCAGACCCCUGGGUGAGACUCGGGGUAACUGAAGAGCUGCACGCCCAAGGGAUUUGCACUGAAGGACGUGCUGGACACGCUGCAUAGGUUUUGUCCAAGUGUCCUUCCAGGAUCCAAUCACGAAAGCAUAAAAGUACAUUCGUUACACCAAAAUGGUUUAACGUACAUCAAGGAAUUAUUUAAAGCUUGUGCAUGUAUAAUUAAGAAGUCUUCCAAAUCUGAUAUUUGUACAUUUAUGUAUAUGCUGCAUAUCCUACAAUCUACGUGUCUGUAACACACACACAUAUACACACCCACCUACCAUCAACUUCACAAAACACACACCCAAAGACUUGAAAUCAUGUGAACAAUAAAGGAAUUUAAUAGGGUAGGAUAGUUGCCUUUGUUAGAGAACAAAAGUUGUCUUUUUCUUCUUAAGUAAUAUCAACAUCAUCUUAUGUGGCCGAAACUUAGAAGACAACAUUUGUAGCCGACUUCUUGCUGUAAAUUGAUUCUAAUAGGGAUUUUUUUUGUUCAGUGUUUAAGGUGUAGUUCUGCCCAUGACUAUUACAGCCUCAUAAUGCAAUUAGAUAACAGGCAAAUACAUUUCCACUACCUGGAUAUUUACAUCAACGUUAAAAUUUAAUGUCCUACAGAAACCUGAAAGUCAUUUUCUGAACUACGAACGCUAAUUAACUCCUGCAGUCCUCCUUCAUGUGACCAUUAGGAGCGAGGCAGAAGGAAUGGAUGCUUCUCCAAAAAGAGUCCUCACCAGAGCAGGGAACGUGCAUCCCCACAACCCGCCCAUCCCUCCUUAGACAGGGCAGCAUUCAGGGAUGGGGCAGAGCACACAUGCUGUUCAGCCAAGGACCAAGCCAGUAUUCAUUCACCAGCCACACAAGCUCGAUGUAUUAACAGCUACAAGAGACAGUAAUCGUUAACUAAAAACAUGUUCUGGGAGAGCUUUCCAGAAGCUCCCUCACAGGAAGGGCAGCACGGCAGGAGCUGUGAGCACCAUUUCUGGCACCGUGUCCGAGCAGCAACGGGACAAAGGCUGAAUGAUCACCUGGGAGGAGCAGGGCAGUCUCCUACACAUGGAGCAUGGCACAGAACGUGUGCUUUCUCUCAGGAGUUACAGCAGCCACCACAUCAGGCUGCCCAAGCCGCAGCCUCUAUUCACAGAGCUUCCCUUCAAGUCAGUGAUAAUUCUCUAUCUGCCGUACCCGCAGCUGUGCCCUAAUUUACAUUGAGGUUUUCUGUUUAUUUCCGAGCAAUACUCUAUUUUUACCUGUACGUAUCCAAAACACGCCAGCCUUCCCCCUUAUUGCCAGCGCUUUGUAAGUCCAGUAAACCUGAACUGUUCAUUUUUCACUUACUAAAAAACCCCGAGAAUCCUAAUAAAACUACAAACAGGAAAGGGUUUGGGAGGAUGACAUUUCAUCCAGUAUCUGUUUGGCGUCAGACACCAGAAGUGACCGGGGCGAUUCUUUCCCAUGCUUCUUUGCUGCAAUCUGGAAAGUUUCAGCAUGCAAACAGUUAAGAAGGGGGGGGGGGAGGAGGAGGGAGGGCGACUUUCCCUUCCGUUCUCAUCAUCUAGCACGCUCUGCUAGCAGCACUGGGGUUAAAGCCUCGGAGGUAAACCACGACUAUUUAUAAUCAGCAGCAAUGUACUCUACAUAUCUGAAAGCCUGAUUUCAGGCCUUUUAAAGACUGUCUCUGAACAGCGGCACCAGAAAUCUGGAGAAGCUCAAGUUUUCUCUUAUUAUCCUGAAGCAGAGGACAUUUCUUCCGAAGCUGAACAGCACUGCUGCAGAAUAAAUAUGCUAAGCAUCGCAGGAAACCAGACCAAGUCCUAAACAAACUCAUGUUAAUGUUUAACCCCUUUCAGUUACAUGAAAUUUCCACACAAGCAACAGAAUGAAGAACGCUGGCUGAAUUUUGCUGAAGGACAACAGGACUCUAUUUAUUUUUAUUACGCUGCCUUCUCCUGCCUGAUUCUGGACAAGAUAACCUGCGUGCUUAACUAAACUAUGAUCAGAAGGCAGUAUCUAGAUAAUAAAAGAUGAACCCACUUGAUGCAACAAAAUCAGGAUUUUUACUCUGCAUUGCUGUCUGUAUGUUCAUCUACACCUUCAUCUACCUGAAGGACGCACUUCCUGCAGGGACAGACAAACAGAAGUUUAGCGCAGAUACAGCAGAGUGUGGAUUUUACCCAGAUGAACUUUGUUCAGCUCUUUUUGUGGGGAAAACCGCUGCUCUUAAAAUUGGAAGCUUUUGUCAGAACACCCACCGCCCUGCACCGCUCGGCUGCAUCCAGACCUCAUGCAACUGCUCCACGGUUUUGAAGGCUCUGCACUUCAUAACGAGACCGCUGUCGGAUGAAGAAGGAAAUUUCUCACUGGCUUACAUUAUCACAAUUCACAAGGAGCUGGAAAUGUUUGUAAAGCUCCUAAGAGCUAUUUAUAUGCCUCAGAAUAUUUACUGCAUACACGUUGACGAGAAGUCACCAACCGAUUACAAAGCUGCUGUGCAGAACAUUGUUAAUUGCUUCGAAAACAUUUUUAUUUCCUCAAAAAGGGAAAAUGUCGUUUAUGCAGGAUUUUCAAGAUUACAAGCUGAUAUUAACUGCAUGAGAGACCUAGUUCGUUCCAAAACUCAGUGGAAUUACGUUAUUAAUCUAUGUGGCCAAGAUUAUCCUAUUAAAACGAACAAAGACAUUAUAAAGUACAUCAAAAGUAAAUGGAAUGGUAAAAAUAUGACUCCCGGGGUAGUCCAACCACUUCACAUGAAACACAGGACGCAGGUUAGUUACCGAGAAUACGUGCGUUCUGGAACGUCAUACGUGUAUCCGACAAAGAAUGCGAAAACUAAACCUCCCUACAAUUUGACUAUAUAUUUUGGGAGUGCCUAUUACGUAUUAACUAAAGAGUUUGUAGAGUUUACACUGAGUGAUGCACGUGCAAAAGAGUUGCUUGAAUGGUCAAGAGACACGUACAGCCCGGAUGAACACUACUGGGUGACACUGAACCGCCUGCACGAUGCUCCAGGUGCUACACCAAAUGCAGACUGGGAAGGACACAUACGAGCCAUUAAAUGGAAAGACCAAGAAGGAAGCGCACACAAAGGCUGCAAAGGUCAUUACAUCAGAGACAUCUGUGUCUAUGGACCAGGGGAUUUACAGUGGAUUAUUGAAUCGCCCCACUUGUUUGCCAACAAAUUUGAGCCUGCAACGUACCCACUCGUGAUGGACUGCCUGGAGAGACGCCACAGGCUGAAAGUGCUGCACCAGGCAGAGGUCCCAAUUGAAGAUCACUGGCGUUUGCAGGAAGAUAACUAUUUCAACAUGAAGCUGAAUGUUUGAGGUUAACUGAAAUGUAAGCAUAUACCCAAAAUACUGAGAACCCAUCAAUAUUUUCAUCCAUAGACUGCAUUCACUUGGUGCACCUCAUGCCGUAACGCUGUGCUACUGUUCCACCAGUGAAAGAAGCAGAUAUUGUUACUCACUACAGUCAAAGAAAGAGCAAUGACUGCUAAAGGAUUAAUUCUUAGGGAAAAUGACAUCUACAUCUGUAACAAGGGGGAAGUUCAUCAUCUUCUAAGUGACUCGUUUAACUGGAAUAUACACAUUCCCCAUGUCUGUAGCUGAAAAAAGGAGGACUGAGUGGUAUGAAAGUAA